AGAGGUGAAGACGUCUCCAGAGGCGUGACUUUUUGUCUGCUGCCUCGCAGAAGGUACAGUCGGGCUCCCCUCCACGGCUGGCUUUCUGUGGGAGGAUAACACCCCCCAGAUCCUACAUUUACAGCUCAACCAGGCCGGCAAACUACUGCAACACUAUGGAUAUUCCAGAUUGUCCUUUCCGGAAGAAACGGAGACCCUUGCGCAUGGAUUUCUCCUCCUUUGUCCUGGUUAUUGUGGCGCUCGCCCUGAGCCAAACGACUUCGGCUCUUGCAGAUCCAGUGGAUGUGUUGCGAGCUCUUCAGGUUCCCACUCUCCCUGAAGGCGUAAAGAAAGUCCCAGGCUUUUGCACAUCCCGUCGCUCCAGCAGCCCCGACCAUGCUUUCCGUUUCACCAAGAAGGCCCAGGUCUCUGCCCCCACCAAGCAGCUCUUCUCAGGCCGUUUCCCAGAGAACUUCUCCAUCAUGACUCUGAUCAAACCCCAAGCUGGUCUCCAAGCCUUCCUCCUCUCUAUCUACAGCGAGCAGGGCAUCCAGCAACUGGGCAUUGAACUUGGACGCUCACCUGUUUUUCUGUAUGAGGACCAGAACGGCAAACCAGCUCCCGAGGAUUACCCACUUUUCAAAGGCAUCAACCUGGCUGAUGGCAAGUGGCAUCGCAUUGCUUUCUCUGUUUCCAAGAAAAAUGUGACACUGCUGCUGGACUGCAAGAAGAAGAUGACCCGUCCUCUGCCCCGUGGCAAUAAUGCUGUGGUUGACACCAAUGGUAUUACAGUGUUUGGAGCUCGUCUGCUUGAUGAGGAGGUUUUCCAGGGAGACAUUCAGCAACUGUUAAUUGCCUCCAACCCUCAGGCAGCCUAUGACUUCUGUGAACAUUACAGCCCUGACUGUGACUCCCCUCUUCCCAAGACCCAGGCGCAGGACCCUAACACAUACUACUUUGAUGAGGAACAGGAUGAUGAAUACCCCUAUUAUUAUUGUUAUUAUUAUUAUUAUUAGGAAACAACAGACCUUCCCUCUUCCUUUGCAUCCUCUUCUCCCCAACCUGGAGAAAACCUGACCAAUCAGGAUGUAGACACUGAAUAUUCUGAGGCUGGCCACACCCCUACAGAGACCGAUUAUUACUAUGAGGAGAUGGUUCCACAUCCAGAGGGUGAGGUGAUUGGACAAGAAGAGAUACCUGUACAGCCCCAGGUGGAACCAGCCUUGGUGGGAGAGGAAGUAGAUGCCACCAAAGCAGGCGGUGUGAAUGAAGAAGUCUUCACUGAGGAGUAUGUGACUGGAGAUGUGGGCCUUAAGGAAUACGACUAUGCCUACAGAGACUACAGUGAUCCUUUACCAGAGACUGGAGAGGUUGAUGCCUACAUGGGGCCCGCCUUGUCCGCUGUGACGGACGAGGGAGGCGCCACCGUUAGCGGCCAGAAAGGAGAAAAAGGAGAACCUGCUGUCUUAGAACCUGGAAUGUUGAUUGAAGGUCCUCCAGGGCCUGAAGGACCUGCUGGGCCUUCUGGACCUUCUGGACCUUCAGGACCUCCUGGUUCUGUGGGAGACCCUGGAGAGAGGGGUCCUCCUGGUAGGGCUGGUCUGCCUGGGGCUGAUGGCGUUCCUGGACCUCCUGGAACUUCAGUCAUGCUGCCUUUCCGCUUUGGUCAGAGUGGAGGUGAAAAGGGUCCUGCUGUUUCUGUACAGGAAGCUCAGGCUGCAGCCAUCUUGUCUCAGGCCAGGAUGGCUCUGAAAGGACCUUCUGGACCAAUGGGAUUUACUGGACGCCCUGGACCUAUGGGAGGUCCAGGAAGUUCUGGUUUAAAGGGAGAAAGUGGAGAUCCUGGUCCCCAGGGCCCUAGAGGACCCCAGGGUUUGUUGGGUCCUCCAGGCAAAUCAGGAAGGAGAGGUCGUGCUGGUGCUGAUGGUGCUAGAGGAAUGCCAGGAGAGACUGGAACCAAGGGUGAUCGUGGCUUUGAUGGUCUUCCUGGUUUGCCUGGUGACAAAGGACACAGGGGUGACCAAGGACCAUUGGGACCACCAGGUUCUCAAGGAGAGGACGGAGAAAGGGGAGACGAUGGAGACAUUGGACCCAGAGGUCUCCCAGGUGAACCCGGACCACGUGGUUUGCUUGGGCCUAAAGGUCCUCCUGGAAUCGCUGGACCUCCUGGUGUACGAGGAAAUGAUGGACCUCACGGUCCCAAAGGAAACUUGGGUCCCCAAGGUGAGCCAGGACCUCCUGGUCAGCAGGGAACCCCAGGAACUCAGGGAAUGCCAGGACCUCAGGGAGCUACUGGACCUCCAGGCGAAAAAGGUCCCACUGGAAAACCAGGUUUGCCAGGGAUGCCUGGAGCUGAUGGUCCUCCUGGUCACCCAGGAAAGGAGGGGCCUUCUGGCACUAAAGGAAACCUGGGUCCGAAUGGUCCUCAGGGAGCUAUUGGCUAUCCUGGGCCUCGUGGCGUCAAGGGAGAACAAGGAAUCCGUGGGCUAAAAGGCCACAAAGGAGAGAAGGGAGAAGAUGGUUUCCCGGGAAUUAAGGGAGAUUUUGGCAUCAAGGGAGAAAGGGGUGAGAUUGGAGUAUCAGGGCCCAGAGGAGAGGAUGGUCCAGAGGGGCCAAAGGGUCGAGUUGGACCUCCUGGUGAGCUUGGACCGCUUGGGCUUGCUGGGGAGAAGGGUAAACUAGGUGUUCCUGGACUUCCUGGAUAUCCUGGAAGGCAAGGACCCAAGGGAUCUCUCGGAUUCCCUGGAUUUCCUGGUUCUAAUGGAGAGAAGGGAACAAGGGGCGUUUCUGGAAAACAAGGACCAAGAGGACAAAGAGGACCAACGGGCCCCAGAGGACAGAGAGGACCAAGAGGAUCAACUGGGAAAUCAGGAGCAAAGGGAACAUCUGGAAGUGACGGCCCCCCAGGACCUCCUGGAGAGAGAGGAUUACCCGGACCUCAGGGAGCCAAUGGUUUCCCCGGGCCAAAGGGACCUCCUGGACCACCAGGAAAGGAUGGACUGCCUGGACAUCCUGGACAGAGAGGAGAAGUUGGUUUCCAAGGUAAAAUGGGUCCACCUGGGCCUCCUGGAGUUGUUGGACCACAGGGUCCAUCAGGAGAAACAGGUCCUAUGGGCGAACGUGGCCAUCCUGGACAACCUGGUCCACCAGGAGAGCAGGGACUUCCUGGUCCCUCAGGGAAAGAGGGUACCAAGGGAGAUCCUGGACCUCCAGGAGGUCCUGGAAAAGAUGGGCCCCCAGGUCUGAGAGGUUUCCCUGGAGAGAGAGGACUUCCUGGAACCCCUGGUGGUGGAGGACUAAAGGGAAGUGAAGGACCUGCUGGACCUCCUGGACCUGCUGGUUCACCUGGUGAGAGGGGGACUGCUGGAACUGCUGGACCUGUGGGACCUCCCGGCAGACCAGGUCCUCAAGGGCCACCUGGUCCGGCUGGAGAGAAGGGAGUUCCUGGUGAAAAAGGCCCCAUUGGCCCAGCAGGUCGCGAUGGAGUUCAGGGUCCGGUGGGUCUGCCUGGCCCUGCUGGACCACCUGGAGUACCUGGAGAGGAUGGAGAUAAGGGUGAAGUUGGAGAACAUGGUCAGAAGGGCGCCAAAGGAGGAAAAGGAGAGCACGGUCCCCCUGGUCCACCUGGUCCAAUGGGGCCUGUUGGUCAACCUGGUCCUGCUGGAGCGGAUGGGGAGCUUGGACCGAGGGGACAGCAGGGGCCUUUUGGAGCCAAAGGUGAUGAUGGAACUAGAGGAUUCCCAGGGGCCCCAGGACCCAUCGGACUUCAGGGACUGCCUGGACCAGCAGGUGAGAAAGGAGAGACAGGAGAUGUUGGACCAAUGGGUCCUCCAGGCCCUCCAGGACCCCGCGGCCCUGCUGGACCCAACGGAGCUGACGGUCCACAAGGUGGUCCUGGUGGUUUGGGUAAUCCUGGCCCUAUUGGAGAAAAGGGAGAGCCUGGUGAAGCUGGACCACCUGGAAUCGUAGGAGAGCCUGGAAAGAAGGGUCCUCGUGGAGAGCGUGGAGAGAAGGGAGAGGCUGGACAACCUGGAACUGCUGGACCUGCUGGAGGACGAGGACGACCUGGAGACGACGGACCCAAAGGAAACCCCGGUCCUGUUGGUUUUCCUGGCGACCCUGGUCCCACUGGUGAGGUUGGACCCAGAGGUCAAGAUGGGGCCAAGGGAGAGAGAGGAGAGGAUGGUGAACCAGGAGAGUCUGGUUCUCCUGGACCUUCUGGUGAGAAUGGACCACCUGGCCCACCAGGAAAACGAGGCCCUGCUGGAACAAGAGGACCUGAGGGACGACAAGGAGAGAAGGGAACAAAAGGAGAUCCAGGUGCAGUUGGGCCCCCAGGAAAGACCGGACCUGUUGGUCCACAGGGUCAACCAGGAAAACCAGGAACAGAAGGUCUGAGAGGACUUCCAGGAUCAGUGGGGGAGCAAGGAGCUCCAGGACCUGCUGGACAAAAAGGACCACCUGGACCCAUUGGGCCUCCUGGUUUGGCUGGCCUGCGUGGAGAUCCUGGUGCAAAGGGUGAGAAGGGACACCAAGGUCUUAUCGGUCUGAUUGGACCUCCAGGAGAGCAGGGAGAAAAGGGAGACCGAGGUCUGUCUGGGCCUCAUGGAUCCACCGGUCCCAAGGGAGAACCUGGGAUGGUUGGAGGAACUGGACCCAUCGGUCCUGCUGGUCCUCCUGGCCUUCCUGGUCCUCAAGGUGUCAAAGGAGCAAAGGGUUCAUCUGGAGGAGCUGGUCCAAAGGGAGAAAAAGGUUCAACAGGACCUGCUGGACCUCCUGGUCCGCCCGGUGAGGUCAUUCAGCCUCUGCCCAUCCAGAGAAGUCCCAAGUCCAAACGCUCCAUUGAUGCCAGCCAGCUCCUGCCGGAGUUCGACCCCGACAUGCCGGCAUCCGACGCCGCCGGCACAGAGUUCCUGAUGGGCAGCGAAGGCAUGGAGGAGAUCUUCGGCUCCCUCGACUCACUUCGACAGGAGAUCGAGACCAUGCGUUUCCCUCUGGGCACCCAGGAGAGCCCAGCCCGGACCUGCCAAGACCUGCACCUCAGCCAGCCAGACCUUAAAGAUGGAGAGUACUGGAUUGACCCGAACCAGGGCUGCUCCAGAGAUGCCUUCAAGGUCCUCUGUAAUUUCACUACAGGAGAGACGUGCCUGUACCCCAGAGCAGGCAUCGACACGGUAAAACUGAGCUCCUGGGACAAAGAGACUCCAGGGUCGUGGUACAGUCAGUUCACCACUGGUAGUAAGUUCUCCUAUGUGGACUCUAACGGUGAGCCCGUGGGCGUGGUCCAGCUGGGCUUCCUGCGCCUCCUGAGCGUCCAGGCCCGACAGAACCUCACCUACCACUGCCACCGCUCGGUGGCCUGGGCUGACCGAAGCGCAAAGAACAACCACAAGAGGGCGCUGCACUUCAGAGGAGCCAACGAUGAAGAGCUGAGCUACGAGACCAACCCUUACAUCAAAGCUCUGAUCGACGGCUGCUCCUAUCGUAAAGGCUUUGACAGGACGGUCCUGGAGAUCAACUCACCACAGGUGGAGCAUCUUCCUCUGCUGGACAUCAAGGUGUCAGACUUUGGGGAGAGCAACCAGCAGUUUGGGUUUGAAGUGGGACCUGUCUGUUUCCAAGGCUAAACACACACAGACACACACUUUAUUCAGAGAACAUCAAGCACACACACACAUGCAGGCGCAGUAAUUUGUAAAUUAACUUGUAAAUGAUAACACACACACACAGAGUUAUUUUGUGAGACAAACACACACUCACGCCUCAAAGUAACAUCCUCCCAGCAGCGAAUGGACUAAAGGUCACGAGGAAAAAUUAAAAACUUGUGAAGAGGAGAACACCGACUGGGAGCAACAGUGAGGAAGGAGAAAUAAAAACAAACGUGAACUGAUUUUUUGUAAUAAAACGAUCAUUUCAGGAGCAGAGAACCGGGCCUGAAGCCCCUCGUCUCCGACCCCCCCAUCUCACUCCCCUCCGCUGACACCUUUCUCCACUCGUACCUCCUGCUCUACCUCCCCCUCUUCUUUAAAAAAGGGUCACUGACGUGUUUAAAUCCUGGUGAAAGCUGCAACAUGAUCAACAGUCAGGUGAAUAAAUAUAAAGUUUUUAUUUAUUUUGGUUCACAGCUUUAACGUCUGCUGAAACUUCUCUUUUGUCUUUAACAUUAGAAAGUUCAAAAGCUUUGAAACAGAUUUUUAUUCAUUAAACAAAUUUGUAUUAAAUCCUAAAUGAUACAAACACCCACAGAUCUGUUAGUCAUGCUGCUCAGAGUAACGCUCACCUCACGUCCUGUCAAACCUAAAGGAACAAAAAAAAAAGCCACCAGUUUCUACCAGAGUCCAAACAGGGGACGGACCGGCUGAAACCAGCAGGGUGUCUCAUCUAAAUCAUCUUUACUGUCUUCAUCCAUCUUUUUAUUUUCAGUGAAGUUUUUACUGCUUUUAUUUCUGUCUAAAAUGUGAUUUCAAGCUGAGAAUUAAAACUUUAAUGUGGUGUUUUUUUUAACUUGGUUGUUUUUUCUCACUCUGAAAGCAGCAAAAUCCUUUGGGACUGUUCUUUUUUUUAGCGUCGGACAAACAGAAAAGAUGAGAUUAAAACCAUUAAUUGUUUAAGCUGUGCUCUAAAUCACUCUCCGUCACUUGUUGAUAUAAAUCGAUUGAUCUAAAUA